AUGAGGGGUGCUUUCUUGGCCGCCGCGGCUGCCGUCGCCGGUACCGCGAUGGCUGAUGUCGCCCACAUGCGUCGUCAUGGCCAUGAGUCUUUCCACCACAACCGCGCUUAUCAGCCUGAGGUUCCCGCCGAGGGCGAUGAGAACUGCGAAUGCACCACCAAGGUCAUCACCAUCACUGGCCCUCCCACCCUGAUCCCCAUCAACACCCCGGCUCCUGAGCCCAGCAGCAGCAGCUCUGAGGUCCCCAGCGUUCCCAGCGUCCCCAGUGUCCCCAGCGGCGAGAGCAGCGUCGUGACCUCCGAGGCCGUCACCACCCUCCACUCCACCAGCACCGCCACCGUCACCGUGGUCACCACUCCUGGUGUUGAUGCCACCGGUGUUGAAACCCCCACUGGCGGCGUCCCUGGCACCCCUGAGGCCUCCUCGCCGGCUGGAACCCCUGAAGCUUCUACUCCCGCCGUCCCUGCGACUUCCGAGUCCCCUCUCCCCACCCCUGGAGUGACCAGCUUCUCCUCCACCGGUAUCUACACCAUCCCCGCCACCACCGUCACCGUGCGAGACACCACCACCGUCUGCGGUGCUACUACCACUGAGCUGCCCAGCGGUUCUCACACCUUCGGUGGUGUGACCACUGUUGUCUCGACCGCGACCACCGUCACCUGCCCCGUUGCUACCGUUGAGCCCAGCGGUUCCACUGUCACCAGCAAGAUCUACACCACCACCUAUGUCUGCCCCAGCGCUGGUACCUACACCAUUGCUCCCACCACCACUUACGUGCCCACCAGCACCGUCGUGGUCUACCCCACUCCUGCCACCAUCACCCCUGGCACCUACACCCAGCCUGAGCAGACCGUGACUCCCACCUCCACCCCCGUUGCUCCCCCCACCUCGGCUGUUCCUGUGACCACCACUGCUGCCCCCUCCACCACUUCCGCCGUCGCUUCCAGCAGCGCUAGCGCCAGCAGCUCUGCCACCCCUGUCCCCACCGGCGUCAGCGGCCAGCAGAUGGGUAUGACCUACUCUCCUUACACCAACGAGGGUGGCUGCCAGUCCAAGGACCAGGUCAUCAAGGAUAUUGCCGUGAUCAAGCAGAAGGGCUUCACCCACGUCCGUGUCUACUCCACUGACUGCAACGGUCUCGAGUACAUCGGUGAGGCUGCCCGUCAGAACGGCCUCAAGUUGAUCAUUGGCGUCUUCAUCUCCAGCACCGGUAUCAGCGGUGCCCAGGAGCAGGUCACUGCCAUCACCAAGUGGGCUCAGUGGGAUCUGGUCACCCUUGUCGUCGUCGGUAACGAGGCCAUCCAGAACGGUUACACCGAUGCUUCCAGCCUCGCUGGCUUCAUCUCCUCUUGCAAGUCCUCCUUCCAGGCCUCUGGCUACUCGGGUCAGGUCACCACCACCGAGCCCAUCAACGUCUGGCAGCAGUCUGGCAGCGCUCUGUGCGGUGCCGUUGACAUCCUUGGUGCUAACCUCCACCCCUUCUUCAACGCCGAUGUUACCGCCGAACAGGCCGGUACCUUCGUCCGUGCCCAGAUCAAGGACCUUGAGGCCGUCUGCAACAAGGACGUGAUCAACCUUGAGACCGGCUGGCCCAGCCAGGGUAACGCCAACGGCAAGGCCGUCCCCGGUACCGCCCAGCAGGCCGCCGCUAUCAAGGCUCUCGUUGAGGAGGUCGGCUCCCAGUCCGUUUUCUUCUCCUACUCCAACGACCUCUGGAAGGAUGCCGGCGAGUUCGACGUCGAGCGCUACUGGGGUUGCAUCACCCAGUUCAACUAA